ACAGGGACAGGAAUGUCUGCCAAGUCAAGAAUAUCGAGGGUAGAAGUGGUUGGCCCGAUAGGAUCAACUGAAUUUGGGUUGCUGAGAGGAACCCUUGCGUCCCAUUGUCAUUGUAACAGGGAGGUUGGAGUUCAGGGCAUUCAGCCCAAGAUGCCAGAAGCUAUGGCGGACGGCGGGAGAAAGCUUCUAACGAUCGACGACCUUGUUGAGGCCCUGGAUAAGCGCGAGAGAGCACCGAGCAAUGUCCCGAAGGUUGAUACUUUCCACUUCAAGGGAGAACGGGUGUUCGACUGGCUGGACCUGACGGAGCAAGCACUGGUAGGGUUGUCGGAUGAGGUCAAACUCCAGCGAGUCCUAAGAUAUGUCCUUCGUAGCCACCAUCAGGGAGUGGCCAAGGUCGUGGAUGCCGCCAAUGGUAGUUGGGCGAGGUUCAGGGACAUGAUGCAGAGAAAGUAUAGGUUGGGGGAUGGCUUGCUAACCACGGCGGAUUUGGAGGCCAUGAACAAGGAUGACUUCUCUAUGAUUGGGGCGUUUGUGCACGAGUUUAAAAGGAGGGCGCGGAAGCUGACGGGUCACGGAGGGGGAAGUAAGAAACUCACCUGGGCCACUAUCGACAAAGGGGUGGAGGAGGGGAACCUGGACCAGGUGGAGCAGCAUCAAAUGCGGCUGCAAAGGCGCAAGAGAAAGGAAAGGGACGCCACCGCGUUCGGGACCCCAGGGGUGAAGAGGAUCGUCACGGACGUAUUGGCAGCGUUGGGAUAUGAUAACGAGGCGAAGGUGCAAAGGAGGGGAGUGACCGUGGCCCAAGGCCGGGCGUCGGGGGCAGUGGAAGAGGAGGCUAGGCGCGAGGACUAUGGUGGAGAAGAGACGGGCUCCCAGAUCCUAACGAAGGCCCAGAGGAAGCAGCGGAAUUUGCAAGUGGGGGGUCAAGGAUCCGGAAAAGGGAUGUGGCAGGAGAAAGAAGAGUUGGCCAUAAAAGUUGAGGAGAUUGUGGGAGAUAGCGAGGAGGUCACCCAGCGUCUAAAGGCGGGGACUAUAAGAGAGGAGCCAAUAGUCGUCGAGUCGGACGAUGAGGGGCAGGAAGGCAAGGGAGAGCCGGCCAUACUCCUCCUAGGAAGGAUGGAAGAUCUGUUGCAAAAGGUGGGGAGAUACCAGCGGAAGCUGCAAGUCCUAUGUGAAGAAGCCCGAGAGUGGGAGGCCAAUCUGCCUGAGGUCUUCCUCUACGACUCCGGACCUGAGCCUUCGCCAGAACAACAGGGGUACCCAAAAGUGGCGACCGUAGGGGCGGGCCCUAGGUCAGGUGGGGGAGGUGGAGUUGGUGUAUCGGCUUCCGGGAGGGAGGGGAGGCCCUGCGAUGGCCCAGGCCCGAGCGAUAAGUCGGCCUUUUUUAGGGGAGGGCUUAAGCAGGGUUCCCAAAGGCGGUACAAGACCAUAGAUAAGAAGUGUCGCCCAGUUCCCGUGCUUGUCACAGAGGAUGAGGAAGCCUACUACGAGCGGGAGCGAGGUUUGAUACGGCGUAUGCGGGAGCACGCGUUGGCUGGGCCGUGCCGUAUCAACGAUGAAAAUGAGGGGAAGCUGAUAAUUGGGAAGCCCGACUUCCUGUCGCCCCAGGAGAGAGCGUUGAUGGUGGGGCUGAUGAAGAAAAGACACUGCGCGUAUGCAUUCAAUGACGACGAGCGUGGGAGGCUGGAUGUGGACAAGAUCCCGAUGAUCAGGAUCCACACGGUCCCACAUGAGCCAUGGAAUCUAAGGGGCAUGCGAUACCCAAAUCCGGAUGAGGAGAAGAAGGCGGUGGACUACCUGGAUGGCAAGAUGCGGACGCAAGUGGCCGACUAUUCCAGUGGACCGUAUGCGUCACCUUGGUUUUGUUUUAUCAAACCAAAUGGGACGCUAAGGUGGGUGCAGGACUUGCAGCGGUUAAAUGCCGAGACGGUGCGGGAUGCGGGGGGGUUACCAAACGCGGACGCGCUGUCAGAGUCGUGCGCAGGGAGACCUAUAAUCUCGCUCAUAGACCUCGACUCUGGGUAUGACCAAUUCCCUGUAUACCCGCCAGACAGGCCUGUAACAGCAAUGCACACUCCCAGAGGGUUGAUUCAUAUGAACGUGGUGCCUCAAGGUUGGACGAAUGCAGUGACGAUGGUGCAAAGGCAUAUGAUCAGGGCCAUGCAGACGGUCAGUCCACAUAUCACUCAACCCUAUAUUGAUGACCUGGCGGUCAAAGAUCCGAAGGAGAAGGAGGAAGACGAAGCGAUGCCCGGUGUGCGGCGCUUUGUCUGGAAGCAUGUCCAAGACAUCGAUCAGGUUCUGGGGUUAUUGAAGGAAAAUAACCUGACGGCGAGCGGCCCCAAGUCGAAACAUUGUAUGAGGGAGGCCAUGAUUCUAGGUUGCGUCAGUCAUCCCAUAUGGCUGACACGAAAGGGGUACGAGCAGAAGGAAGAGUUAGUCCUCAAGCAUUUUCAGGAGGAGGAUUCGUGGGGAAGUAAGGACGUUGGUUGGAUGAUGAAGUUGGCGUUGGCAGGUACGCAUAGUCUGGUAGAGGAAGUGAGGACAAUAGAGGAAGGCCCCACUCAGGUAGAGGAGCAUCAACAGCUAAUGGGAGGGAUGUACCUGCUCACCAAUAUGCUCCUACAGGGAGACUUCGACUGGAAGGGCUCGUUCAGUCACGAGGAGGAUGAGAUUCUGAUUCCUGAAAGCCGAGACGACGAAUUCGAGGAAGGAGAAAUCAAGGAGACGUUUCGGGCGGAGGAGUACGAUGGGAUCUACCGGGAAUUGGGGUUGCUCCUAUCAUGUGAGAUGAGGGAUAGAGAUGCAAGUGCCAAGGCACAGAAGAUGAGGCACCUCUAUGUGGUAAGGGACGGCCACUUGUUUAUAAAGCGGCAGGUCGGGAACCCCAGGAGGAUCGUAUGUGGGAGAAACCGGCAAAUUGAUAUCAUAGCGGCCCUACACGAUGGUAUAGUAGGGGGGCAAAGAGGGGUAAGUGCCACAUGCGCGAAGAUAAGCGAGCUCUACCACUGGGACGGGAUGCUGACGAUGGUUAUCAAAUACUGCCGGUCCUGUAUACCUUGUCAAGAGAGGUCAGCGCAAAGGUCUGGAGAACCCCUACACCCAAUGUUAGAAAGGGAAGUGGGUGCGGUCGUAUACCUCGACCUGUUAUUCAUGCCAGCAGGGGAGAAUGGGUGUAACUACAUCUUCGAUGCACGGGAUAACCUUACUGGGUUUGUGGACGGACGAGCUAUCCGAACGAAGACUGACCCGGUUUUGGCGAACUGCAUCGAGGAGUAUUACCUGCGAUACCCUUUCGUCAGGGAGUUCGUGAUGGAUCGAGGAUCAGAGUUUACCUGCAAUGAGGUGAGGACGUUGCUUGCAGGGUCUGACUUUCCGAAGACAGCCAUGCAGAGGGGCGGGAGGGGCGCGCGACCACGACAGGGGCCUCAGGGAGCAUCAGGAGGGGAUGACUCGUGCAGACCGCUUGGGAGGGAGUCUACGCCUAUCUUCGACGACGGUAACAUAGAGCUUUUUUUUGACUCCUACCAGGCACAUGCGACACGGGACGGCUGGUCUACCUUGGAGAGGAUACGGCACCUGAGGGGAGUCGGGCGCUUCGAGGAGCCUAUUGCGCACAUUCGAGAGGAGACGUUGACAUGGCAGGAUGUGGAGGCGAGGAUGCAGAUGCUGAGGGCUUCGCCGAUGGGACCGGAUGGAUUGCCUAUUCGAUUGGAGGAAGGCAAUGCGGAGGAGUUCAUCUCGGCCUAUGAGCAGUAUAUGCGCGACCAGGGGACUGGGCAGGAGGAGUGGAUGCAGAUGCUGCCCCUCUGGACACGGAGGUCGGAGAGGUCAUUGGCGAGGCAGAUCCAGGACAGGGCACACGGCUGGGUGGACUGCCAGGCCCAGCCGAGACAGGCAUUUCGACGACUAGAGCCCGAGAGACCAGAGCCCAGGGUGGAGAGACGACAAAGGACUAAAAGGUCACGGGGCCCAGAGGCGAGAGGGACCACUACGACCAGAGGGGGCCGAAAGGCCUUGGCACAGCGAGAGGGGCCAGCAGAGGCCGCCCAGGCGGUGGAGCCAGUUCAGGCCGCAGGGCCAGCUCAGGCGGUGGAGCUACCCCCUACCUAUGGACUCGAGCAGGUGGAGUUUCGCCGAAUCACGGGCAGUGAUCUACAGGGCCCGUCGCCGACGUUGCCAGAAGGGGGGGAGACGGUGCCGUUGAGGACGCCGCUCGACAGAUUUGAGGCUCAUCUUGAUGCGUCCCAGUGGGGGGUGUCACAGCGGGGAGCGGACCAGAGCGGACCAGCACGGUAUGAGCCCAUGGAGGAUGAGCCAGAGGAGGAGCCACCUGAGCCGGGGUCUGAGGCGGGGUCUCGCGAACCUGAGGAGCGCCAGACCGAGGGGGUUAUCACUGUUGGGGAUGAUACCCCUCCUACCCCGAUUCCUGAACAGGCGCGGCAGUAUUGGCCUGAAGGAAUUCCUGAACCGGACAGCGAGGAGAUGCUGGGCCCCCCACCGUAAGUUGCUACGCCACCCCCGACGCAGGCGGAGCCAGAGGGGGGCAAGAGGGCAAGGACACCUAUUACUGUGUCGCCCCAACUAACUG